CGACCGCGGUAUAUUUCAGUGCUAUUCGAGAUCAGACCAGUCGGAAUCUGCAAAGCUCCAUCAUGCCGCGCACAAGCAUAUAUUUCCGCACCCGACUCUAUAGUUCUCGGGUCACCCUUCUCAAGCCGAAUGUCCCUCCGUUCUCUGGUCACCUUCCUACUUGCUGAGGUUGGGCUGGUCUCGUCUACCCCAGCACAGCUUCCCUUGUCCCUCGAUGUCUCACAUAGCUUGAGUAGGAAGGCUUACGAUGUCCAGGCGCAUCGUGGUGGAAGAGGUAGCACCGUCGAGAGUGUCCUUCCAAGCUUUGCUUGGGCCUUAAUUGAUGGCGCAACCACCCUUGAGCUGGACAAUGGUAUUACGGCAGACGGAGUAGUGAUCGUCUGGCAUGACGAAAACAUUGUUGCACAGAAGUGCCAGGACACUCAGCCCGCGUUCCAGGAUGAUCCCAUGUUUCCGUAUGUUGGGAAAUAUGUAGCCAAUCUUACCCUGGCCCAAAUACGAACUCUGGAUUGUGGAUCCAAAAGACAACGUGACUACCCGCAGCAACUUACUUAUCCUGGAACACGUAUCUCGACACUACAAGAAGUCUUCGAUUUUGUUGAAUGCGCUGAUCCAACACAUCAAAUACUUUGGAACAUUGAGUCCAAGGUCGACGCUCGUUGUAGUAACUGCACAAAGGAACCAGAAAUGUUUGCUCGACUACAACAGGCGAGUUUUGCCGCAAGCCCAUAUCACAAGUCCAUCACCUAUCAAAGCUUCGAUUGGCGGACGCUGGUUGCUAUGAGGCAUAUCGAUCCCUCGAUUACCAUUUCUGCGCUCAUUGAUGAUGAUACUGCCCUCACUUCGGACGAGAAUUACACCACUCCUUGGCUUGCUGGUCUCCGCCUCGAUACAUUCCCCGGCCCUACGUCAGGUCAUCAAGUCGCUCAAGCCGCCCAGGCAAUAUCGGCAGACAUACUUUCACCUUCGGCAGAGUCGUUUCGCUCCCCUGAAGACUUGCAUGCGGAGAACUAUGUUCCUUUUGCCACCAAGGCCAUGAUCAACGAAGCCCAUAGACUGGGAUUGAAGGUCAAGCCCUGGACAGUCAACCGACUUGAUGUCGUUGAGCAAUUGGUGGAGUGGAACGUCGACGGUAUCAUCACAGACUAUCCUGGUGUCGUGCGUCGUUACAUCAAGCAGCAGAUGCUACCUGUUGCACCGAAACAUGCUAAACGGCGUGUCUUUGACUGUCUGAGCAAGCAUAUGUCAAACCGUUAAGUUCAACAUGGGGAUUUCUCAGCAAUUGUACUUUAGAAUAAACAUCAUCAUACCUGCACGAUAUAAAUUCCACACGAUUUUUAUUAAAGCUAUAGCAUAUAGAUGUGAGUUGUAUGUGUUGUAAGAUCUCAGACAAUCUAGAUUUUGCUCUUCGAGCAUGAAAGAACGCCAC